GAAGCCCACCACCUGAUUCUCUCACAUCCAUUUAAACCCUCCCCCUCCUCCUCCUCAUCAUCGCCUCGUGCUCCUCUCGAACCUUCCAAAGUCCAAACCCUAGUGGUGACCUCGCCUCGGCCUCGAAACCCUAGCCGCAGAUCUCGCCUCUCCUUGCCCCGCGCCAUGGACGACGACUUCGAGAUGCCGCCGCCCGGCGCCGACGACGACUUGAUGAUGGGGGAGGACGGGAUGGGCGACUUCGGCGGCGCCGACGGGCCGCCGCUGAAGGUCGGAGAGGAGAAGGAGAUCGGGAAGCAGGGUCUCAGGAAGAAGCUGCUCAAGGAGGGCGAGGGGUGGGAGACCCCCGAGGUCGGCGACGAGGUCGAAGUACACUACACUGGCACACUGCUUGAUGGAAAGAAGUUUGAUUCAAGCCGUGACCGUGGGACACCCUUCAAGUUUAAGUUGGGACAAGGUCAAGUGAUAAAAGGUUGGGAUCUAGGUAUCAAGACCAUGAAGAAAGGCGAAAAUGCUGUUUUCACCAUUCCUCCUGAUUUGGCCUAUGGUGAAUCUGGUUCACCUCCAACUAUUCCAGCCAGUGCCACACUGCAGUUUGAUGUUGAGUUGCUUUCUUGGACAAGUGUCAAGGACAUUUGCCAAGAUGGUGGUAUAUUCAAGAAGAUACUGAAGGAGGGAGAAAAAUGGGAGAACCCAAAAGAUCUUGAUGAAGUAUUUGUGAAAUAUGAGGCUCGGCUUGAGGAUGGCACUGUUAUAUCAAAGUCUGAGGGCGCUGAAUUUACUGUUAAAGAUGGUUUCUUCUGCCCUGCGCUGGCGAAAGCUGUCAAAACCAUGAAAAAAGCAGAGAAAGUGCUCCUUACAGUUAAGCCACAAUAUGGAUUUGGUGAGAAUGGUAGACCAGCAGCUGGUGAGGAAGGUGCUGUGCCACCAAAUGCCACUCUUCUUGUUAAUCUUGAGUUGGUUUCAUGGAAAACAGUCACAGAAAUAGGUGAUGAUAAGAAAAUCUUGAAGAAAGUUCUGACGGAGGGUACAGGGUAUGAGCGGCCCAAUGAAGGUGCAGUUGUUAAAGUCAAAAUAACUGGAAAACUUCAGGAUGGUACAAUAUUUACAAAGAAGGGGCAUGAUGAACCAGAGCCAUUUGAAUUCAAGACUGAUGAAGAGGAGGUCAUUGAUGGUAUUGACCGUGCUGUGCUAAACAUGAAGAAUGGCGAGGUUGCUCUUGUAACAAUUCCUCCUGAAUACGCAUUUGGUUCUACUGAGUCAAAGCAGGAUCUCGCUGUAGUUCCACCAAACAGCACUGUGAUUUAUGAGGUUGAGCUUGUAUCAUUCGUGAAGGAUAAAGAAUCUUGGGACUUGAACAAUACCGAGAAGAUUGAGACUGCUGGGGCAAAGAAAGAAGAGGGGAAUGCAUUGUUCAAGCUGGGCAAAUAUGUCAGGGCUUCAAAGCGUUAUGAGAAGGCUGCAAAAUUCAUUGAGUAUGACAGCUCAUUUAGCGAAGAUGAGAAGAAACAAUCCAAGCAACUGAAGGUUACCUGCAACUUGAACAAUGCUGCCUGCAAGCUGAAGCUGAAAGAUUACAAGCAAGCUGAGAAGCUUUGCACCAAGGUUCUGGAACUUGACAGCCAAAAUGUCAAGGCUUUAUACAGGAGGGCCCAAGCUUACAUGCAACUUGCUGACCUAGAGUUAGCAGAGGUGGAUAUUAAGAAGGCACUUGAAAUUGAUCCUGAUAACAGGGAUGUGAAGUUGACAUACAAGAACCUCAAGGAAAAGGUCAAGGAGUACAACAAGAAGGAUGCCAAAUUCUACAGCAAUAUGUUCGCCAAGAUGACCAAGCAGCCAGCCGAAGACGGCAAAGCUGGAUCUGGAGCUGAAUCGAAGCAAGGAUCGGAACCUGUUACUGCUGCCUAAGGACAGGACACUCACGACAUAUCUUAGAUUUUGUGUGCUGGCUAAUCUUUGUUCUAGUGGUGCACUGAUGAGAAACGUUACUUCCCAAGUUGUCGGGCGAUGAUGAUUCUUGUUGAGAUUUUCAAAUUGCAAUCCAUAUUUGAACCAAUCUCGUCAAGUUUCUAGUGUC